AUGGUGUCGCAAGAAGAACACGACCAGGUGCUCGCCGAAGAGCUCGAGGUUCUCGAGAGCAUUUAUGUGGACGAGCUCGACAAAAUCUCGUCAGAGCAGCUCCGCAUUCGCGUCAUUCCGGAAGACUACGAAGAAGGCAAGACAUACCCGACCCUGAGCCUCGAGGUGAAGUAUACGCCUGAAUACCCUGAUGCGCCGCCUGACAUGUGCAUCCGAGUUGUGGAAGACGAGGGCGAGGUGCUGGGGCCGGCGCCCCAGACCGAGGCCGCCAACACCGAAGAGGAAGAGCCUUUUGUGACCGACAGCCGCGAAGGCGUGCAAAAGCUGCGGGGCGAGCUCGACGAGGUGGCGAACGAUUCGCUUGGCAUGCCCAUGGUCUUUACGCUCGCAUCGCACCUGCGCGAGUCGCUCACGGCCUACAUCCAGUCCAAGGCGCGCGAAGCCGACGAGGCGGCAAGCCGCAAGCGCGAGGCAGAGAUUGCGGCGGAGGAAGAAAAGUUCCGCGGUACUGCCGUGACGGUCGAGCGCUUCAAAGCAUGGCGCGCCGAAUUCCUCAAGAAGCAGGCACAGCUGCGCGAGAAGGCCGAGGCGGAUCAUAUGGCGUCGAUGUCGAACAAGGAGCGCGAAGAGUACAAGCGCUUCAAGACGAAACCCUCCGGCCGCGAGCUCUUUUCGAAGCAGGGCGCGGUCGAGGAAGACAAGGACGCCGACGAGUCGGUCAAGGAGGUCGACUGGGCGCUGUACGACCGCAAUGCGCGCGAGGAGCAGGCCCGCCAGACGCUCGAGGCCGACGAGCAGGACGGCUUUGUGCCUAAUGACUCGGAUGAUGAGUAG